AUGACUAUUGAAGAAUCAAUAGCAAUCUCAAGACCAUUAAGUGUUUCCGAACAUUUUUUCAGAUCAAGAACUGCCGCUAAAAAGUAUACUAAUUUUCAAGUUACUGCAACCUACAACAACGAUUUAACUGAUGACUUACGUUUGUUCUUUAAAGCAUUGAGAAAAGCUUUGUUAGAGUAUCACAUGCUUGCAACCAACAUAAAACUAGAUAGUUUAACCAACCAAUAUGCUUUCAUUCCUGUUGAAUCAUUAAAAUUGAAAGACUUGUUGUUUUUGGAACCCGCAAGCAAAGAAUGGCUUACUAAUGGCGUCGUUAAUGAAACAUUUCUUAAAUAUUGCGAUAAGACUUCUUUUGAAUUAUACGGGGAAACUCCCUUGUUCAAGUUGAUUUUAGUUGGCCAAAACAAUUUAUCAGCAAUUUUUGAGCACACCAUCGCCGAUGGAUUGGUUGCGAAUUACUUUCAUGAAAUAUUUUUGGAAAAUUUGGCCUACUGUGAUUCAAAGGAUGAAAAGAUAUUUAUAAGUGAGUUUGGACCUCUUCCUGAAACAGUUGAGAUGGACAGUGAAAUAUUCAAUGCUCAAAGGGACCGUUUAUAUAUCAAGAAUUCAUUGCCACCACCGAUUGAUCCAUUCCUUGAAGAUAUUGACUUGGACUGCUCAUAUGGUGAUCCUAAUUUUCACGAGAAAGUUGUUCCAAAGGAAUAUCCAAAUAAAUGGCCAGGUAGAUUUGAUACGAUCGAUACUCAUGAAAUAGGCUUCAAAUUGAUAAACUUCACUCCAGAAGAAACCAAAGCAAUUUUAAAGAAAUGUAAAGAACAUCUGGUGGGGUUGACAUCAUAUAUUGAAGUUAUACACACAUUAACAUUGAAUCCAAUUUUUGGAGAUAAACAUCACACAACCCAUAGAGCAGCAAUGACAUUAAGAAGACAUUUUUCACCAGAAAUAGCUGAACCUUGUUAUAAGAAAAUCUUGUCUAAACCAAAUUACAAGAUUUUAGGGUCUCCAGCUCAUAUGGGGUACGUCCAAAACCUUCCACCCGUGAAGGAGUUUUCCUGGGACUUGGUGGAAAAAAUUAAUGCCGACAUACUUGCUGAUAUUAAAAAUAAAAGGUCAUUACAUCCUAUUAAGAAAUGGAAAGAUACAGCUGACAUGUCACACCCAACAAAUAAUGCAUUUUUUGAAAGUCAAUUUGGAAAACCAAAGGCCGAUUCUGUAAAGAUAUCCAAUUUGGGGUUUGUUAAUGUACCGGAAUAUAAAGUCAGCGAUAACAAAAGUUGGAUCAUUUCAAACAUGGUGUUUUCACAAGAUUUGGCUCCGUAUGCUGCAGAGUUUGUCUUGAACGUCAUCAGCACACCACUUGGUGGAAUGAAUUUUGUGUGGAGUUUCUAUGACUAUUCAUUUGAGGAUUGUGAGUGGGAUAACUUUGAUAUAUUUGUCGACCAAUUGCAUGAUAAUAUGCUUAAAUAUUCAAAAUAG